GGAAAAUUACUCUGUAGAAAUACGGCGUCCUGCUGUCCAGUUUGGGUGUUUCCUUUGCUAAAAGUACAACGAACUUUUGCAACCAGUUACUCCUUACACUAUCCACAUAAUAAACGACAAUAGUUUUUAACCGUUCUGAAAAUGGCAACAAUAACGGCAAAAUCAAAUUUUAACGUCGCCGAAGAUGCAACAACAUUAAGAGAAGCCAUGAAGGGUUUCGGAACUGAUGAAGAUAUAAUUAUUGAUAUUUUAACCACUAGAAGUAAUAAUCAACGCCAAGCUAUCGCUAAUUAUUUUAAAAAUGAUUUGGAAAGGGAUUUAAUCGAUGAUUUAAAAAGUGAACUUGGCGGUCAUUUUGAAGACGUCAUAGUCGCUCUAAUAAUGCCACCUACCGAAUAUUUAUGUCGUGAACUUAAUCGAGCUAUGGAUGGGGCAGGAACGGAUGAAGAAACUUUAAUUGAGAUUAUUUGCAGUAGAGAAAAUGGGGAGAUUUGUAAAAUUGUUGAUACAUACGAAAGCGUCUAUGAACGUCCUCUUACUGAACAUAUGUGCAGUGAAACCGGCGGUGAAUUGCGAAGACUCUUAACGUUGAUCUUAACGGGAACUCGUGAUGAUUCGAAAAUAAUCAAUGCGGAAGAGGCAAAAGAAAAAGCACAAGCUUUGUACGAAGCCGGCGAAGGUCGUUGGGGUACUCACGAAAGUACUUUUUCAGCGAUUUUGGCGCACGAAAAUUUCAAACAGCUUAGAUUAAUUUUUGAUGAGUAUAAAAAUAUUUCUGGAAAUACCAUCGAACAAGCGCUUAAACACGAAUUAGAUGGAGAUUAUUUGGAUGCUUUGUUAACAAUAGUUGAAUGUAUUCAAAGUCCACCGGCUUAUUUCGCUCAAAGACUGUACAAAGCAAUGCAUGGUUUAGGUACUGAUGAUAAAACUUUGAUUAGAAUAAUUGUGAGUCGAUCAGAAAUCGAUUUGGAGCAAAUCAAAGAAGAAUUUGAGAGGCAAUACAAUAAAACUUUAACUAGCUACGUUGAGCAGGGCGAAACGGGUGGUGAUUAUAAAAAAGCGUUAUUAGCUAUUAUUAAGUAAAGAAAUAUAUUUUAAAAGAAAAGCAACAAUAUAAAAAAGCUUCCUUUUAUAAAAAGUGUUUUAAAAAAUUCCAAAAACAAAUUUGAUGUCAAUUAGUUGAAAUUAAUUUUCAUUGUUUAAAUAUUUAAAACACUUUAUACGUAUAUUUAAAUAUAUAUUUUUGCAAUGGAUACGCUUUUGUAGUUGUUAACGUCUAUAAUCUAUUUAUUAUUAGAAUCUGAAAUAAAAAAAAAUUGGUCCAAAGUGAAA